AUGGCUGAAACACGGCCCCUUCCACAUGCCAUCAACUUCGGCAGUCACUACGCCGUUCUGAACCUCGAUCUCAUGGCUAUUUUGAUCGAUAACGUUCAAAAAGAUAUCCGAGGCGAGAAGUUCGUAUCAAAUUGCGCUCGAUGGUGCGAGGCUGUACACGAGAAGUCACCGAGGCCCAUUACCAUUUUCACCAGCCUUACUUUCUCGCAACCAUCAUGCCCUGAGCUGACCAAAGGCUCGCCGUUCUCAAAACUCCUUGAAGGUUUUGGCCCUGAAAACUUUGCCAAGGGACGCCCCGAGGUUGAGAUUCAUCCCAAAUUCAAAGUACACGAGAACGAUAUUGUCGUGGCAAAGACAAGGUGGAGCGGUACCUCCGGAAAUAGCCUUGGGCAGUUACUGAAGGCACAAAACAUUGAUACCGUGGUCAUUUCCGGUAUCACCCUUUCUGGUGUUGUCAUGGCCACCAUCUACCGACUGUUUGACCUUGAUAUACAGGUCUAUGUCAUCCGGGACAAUGUCAUCGAAUUGCCUCUGGAGGAUAAUGAAGCGUUCUCUAGAGUUAUGCUGGAUAUGCUGUUACCUAAAAUGAACCUACAGGUGAUCAGCCUUGAAGAAGCAUUGGGUGCAUUGGGCCGAUGCUAG